CGUCAUACCAACGUCAUAUUUGAAAGGGAAGGGUUUUGGAUAAAUUGAAUAAAUACUGCCUCAUUUUGGACACCGGCCCAACUGAAACAGAACUGCAGUCAUGAAAAUAAUAGCAACACUGUUGAUACUGGGGACUGUCCUGCAGUUCAGCAGUGCUCAUCAUCACGACACUUCUAACUGCCCUACUCCGAGCUGUCCUGAAGGUUGCACCAUUGAUGAAGAAGCCCAUCCAUGUCCAACAUGCGUUUGUGGAGAUAGAAAUAUCACAAGAACACGCCGCAGCCCACAAAGAGUUCAAUGCUCUAUGCCUAGAUGCAGCCCCCCAUGUUAUUUAGAAUAUACCUCAACUUGCCCCAGAUGUCAAUGUGGCGGCGCAGGAAAUAGGGGAGGAAGAUAUAAUAUUCCUCAAGUGCAAUGUUCUAUGCCCCGAUGUGGACCAAGAUGUCAAAUCGACUAUUCUACGCCUUGUCCCAGCUGUAGAUGCAAUGGCAGGAAACGCCGCAGUCCAGCAAGAUCCCAAUGCUCUCCAGUAAAAUGUGAUGCUCCUUGCUAUGUGGAUUAUAGCACAGCUUGUCCAUCAUGCAAAUGUAUUUCAGGAAAUAAUGCCGGUGCUUCCAAUAUCCAAUGUUCUCCUCCAGCAUGUGGAGCAGGAUGCACCAUUGACUACAAUGCUUCCCCAUGUCCAGCCUGUAAAUGUGGUGGAGGCGGAGGAGGUGGUGGUGGCGGUUACGGUAAUCCCGGUGGAGUCCAAUGCUCACCACCCCGAUGUGGAGCAGGUUGCACCAUUGACUACAAUGCUGUCCCAUGUCCAGCUUGUAAAUGUGGUGGAGGUGGAGGAGGAGGUGUAGGUGGUGGUAAUCCUGGCGGAGUUCUGUGCUCGACACCCAGAUGUGGAGCAGGAUGCACCAUUGACUACAAUGCUGUCCCAUGUCCAGCUUGUAAAUGUGGAGGUGGUGGUGGUGGUGGAGGAGGAGGCGUUGGUGGUUACGGUAAUCCAGGUGGAGUCCAGUGCUCUCCACCAAGAUGUAACAUGGGUUGCACUAUCGAUUACAAUGCAGUUCCCUGUCCAGCCUGCAAAUGCGGUGGAGGCGGAGGAGGAGGCGGUGGUGGUGGUUAUGGCAACCCAGGUGGUGUCCAGUGCUCUCCACCCAGAUGUGAUAUGGGUUGCACCAUUGACUACAAUGCUGUUCCUUGUCCAGCUUGCAAAUGCGGCGGCGGAGGAGGAGGAAUUGGCAAUCCAGUGGGCGUCCAGUGUUCUCCACCCAGAUGCAAUCCUCCUUGUAAAAUCAAAAAUGUCGGCGGCGCAUGCCCAGUUUGCGAUUGCAGUCACAGAUACGGUUAAGCAAACUCUAUUGCCAUAAAGUAAACAUUCAAAAGAAUUGAAAGGUCAAUGGAAUUUUUGAAGCCCAACAUCAUUAAAUUGCAUUAACUUUUAUUGUUUUGUGAAACUACUUAGAAAUAAAAAGAUAUAUUUUUGUUA